AUGUCCUCCUUGUCGAGGUUACGCCUCACCAUGGCUGUGCCUACGUUGCUGCUCUCACUUCAGCUUGUAGGUGCAGUCAAUCUUGAGUCCUCUGUCAAAGCAGAUGGUUCCAUGAGCAGAGCUGCUCACAUGAAGCGGCAGCAUCAUAUCCAUCGCCCGCAUGUGAAGUACCACAGCUUGCCCCUUUCUUGGGGCGGGUCGCAUGCGACCCCGAGCAUCCUUGCAGAAAUCGACGAAGCGACUCGCGAUGAGCAGGACAAUGCGAGCAAGAGCGCCCGCGCGACGACUACGUUGCCACCGGUGCGGCAGGAUGGCAAGUUUCCAGUCAUCAACGAGUGGGCCUGUGCCCUCAUGUGCGCAGGACAUGCGAAAGAUGGUUGUUGCUCGUACAAAGACAAUGCUCAAAGGGUGGGCGACGAGAACGACGGUGACAACUUCGAAGAUGACACAGGCUUGUGUGAGUUUCAGGAAGGCUAUGCGUUCGUCGACUCGAAGGAAGCAGACGAGUGGGCGUCUGCGGCAUGCUUCGCAGGGUAUGAAACCAGCAAGUGCGCCGAAUGGAGGAGGGGCAGGUGCAACGGCCUCGGAAAGACAGAAACAGCAUCGAUGGGCCUGCCGAUUUGGGAGCUCGUUUGGGAAGAUAACUUCGACCAUCUCACCUGCGUCCCAGACAGUGCUGGCGUCCUGCGCCCAAACCCCCACUACUGGACAGCCGAAGUCGGGUACAAACGCGGCAAGGAGUUGUCGUGGUACCAGCCGCAGAACGCGGAAUGCAAAGAUGGCAGGCUGAUUAUCACAGCCAGGAGAGAGCAAACGAAGCCAGGAGCCCAGUGUGAACUCAGCAACUACAACCCCGGCGCCUCCGAUCCGGUCCUCAACGAUGCGUCUUGCAGCAUCUGCGGCCCGCCCAACUUCACGUACGGAGCUCCCUGCGAUCUGCUGCAAAAUGACGACUCUGGUGCACCAGUGUGCGACUGCUCGGGGGGGGCCGAGUACACGUCAGCGUCCCUCUUGACUCGGAAUAAGGUGGAGAUCUCCUACGGCAUGGUUGAGAUGCGCGCCAAGAUCGACACCCGGCCUGGCGCGUGGACUUCCCUGUGGUCUGUGGGGGAUGUGGAUGGCGUGCCCUGGCCCAAGAAUGGCCAGAUUGAUAUCCUGGAUGCUUUCCAAGGCAUGAUGAAGGCGAGCGUGGUGCACGCAGGGGAGUCCGGGCUUCCCAGCGAGGCCAUCCAGCAUGCAGCAGCCAGGACGACUACCCCAGAGUGGGAGCAAGUGUAUCACACCUGGACCAUGGAAUGGGACAAGGACUUCGUGUCCAUGCGCGUGGACCGGCAGGAGGUCAUGAGGCUCGAGCUCUCCGUGGCGAAUCCUGAGCGCACAACGUGGCCGAACCCCUUCACGAAUGACAAGAAGUUCUUCCUCAUCCUGAAUCUGGCCGUGGGUGGUAGUUCGGGUGGCGAUCCCUCGGUUUCAGAUUUCCCGGUGAAGUUCGAGGUGGACUACAUCAAGUACUUCCAGAAAAAGAGUCGCACGGACCGGUAG